GCAUCGUCCGCGCAUGCGCGCAAGAUGGAGAUGUGUGAAGCGGCGGAGUGAAUGUGGCCUCCGCCACUAUUGUAACCAUGUACCGCUCUAGCUGCGGCCGUUCGAGUCCCUCGUCCUGUAGCCGGUCGCAGGAAAACAGGAGCUCGGGCUCCCGCACUGCCGGCGCCUGCAUGUCAGCCUCGACUCGAGGCCGCAGCCCGCGCCGCUCGCCCUCUCCCCAGGGCCGCCGCUACCGCUCGCCCUCCAGCAGCCGCUCGUCUCGCCGCUCGCCGUCUCCGCGCCGCACGAGUAGGGUGCGCUCUCCUUCCGAAGGCAGCCAGAGUCGCCGGGGAUCCGAGCAGCGGGACGGCAGUUUGAGCCGGAGAUAUUCUCCAAGGAGGCACUCAUACUCUUCACAAAGGCACCCACAAUUUCUGGGCAGUUGUUCUCCAAGUCGGCACUCUGAAUCUGCAGUAGAACAGAACUUGUGGACUGAAUUUAACAGUGACUUUUAUGGCAUUGACCCUCGAGAGCAAAGGAGACUGUCUGACAGACUAGGCUCACCUGAUAGCCGGAAUGGUGUUGACAGGGGUUACUUGGAUAACGAUCCAGUGUUUAUCAGAGGCCUUUCACGUUCCCCAAGCCUUGAGCAAUAUCGUUCCCAUUCUCAUCAGGAAAGUCCUCCUAGUUCUUUCAGUACAAGACAUGACAAGGACUAUCGUGGUAGGGAUGCUUUCUUCCACCAAUCAGAGUAUAACAUGAAUGAAGAUUGUCUAGAAGAUCUACCAAGAGAAUUUGACAGGGAUGGAAAACUGUUUAUAAAGUCCUUACAUCCUCUAAAGGAGGAGAGGCUUAAUCCAAAGCGCCCUCGAUAUGACAAAGAGGACAGACAGCUUGAUGUGAGCAUAGAACCUCAAGGUUCCUUGCCAGAAGAACGAAAUUACUACAAACAAAGGCUUAGUAGUCAAAUGGAUCUUGAUGAGCAUUUCAGGCAGCUUGUGAGCUCUAGAAGAAACAGGGAAGAGAAUGAUUUGAGCAAAAAUACAUGCGAAGAUUGUCCUGACACUGAUUAUGUGAUCCAUGGCUUGACUAACUCUCUGCAGCCUUCUGAAUCUCAGUACCUUUACAGACCUGAAGAUGCACCAGCAAUGCCCAAAAAAUCAAUCCUGAAGAAACGGGUGGAUGAUCCUACCAUGCAGAAUCCUGGAAGUUCUUUCAGAAAAAAGGAGUAUCAGGAGUCAAUAUUAGAGCCUGCAGACCUGCAUGAAAGAGCCAGCCAGGAUGGGAGUGGUAUCUCACACAUUCUGGGCAUGAUGGCAGAUUCUGCCAGCACUCAAGAGAAAAGAAGGCACAGCUUUCUUGAUGUUAACAGUGAAGAUAAGUUUUUUUAUGGUGAUGAUGAGGAUGACUCUAACAUUAACUGUCCUACUGAGAAGGUAACAAUGAAUGGUGGAGAAGAAUCUGUAAGCCUGAAUAGGAGACUCCUAUCUCCUCUCCCGUCUAUAAAACCAGACAAUUCAGAAGAGUCUGGAAUAGAGUAUGAGAAGAUCCAUGACUUGCUCAAAACUAUUGGUCUUGACAUUGAGUUGGCUGAAAUUGGUAAGGGUGCUGCCCGUACGCAGGAACGACUCCACGGGAAAAAAACAUUGCGUUCUCUAGAUGGUUAUUCUCAUAAAGCAGAGUCUAGUGAGAAGGACAGCAUUCAGAGCAAUAUUCAUUCUACAGAGUCAUAUCAGAAGAAGUCUUUGUCACCAUGUGGUUCUUCCCAGUCAUCUAAUGAUGUACCCUCUGCUUCAAUAUCAACACAUGCUAAAAGUAAAACACUGGAGUAUGAUAAUUCUGCUGAUCCACCAGACCAAUCUUUUCCUUCAGUACCUGUAACUCCAUCAGCACCACCUUUGCUACCUAACUUGCCACCACCUCCUCCCCCAGUUUCCCAGUAUUCACUACCACACUUUUCGGCAUUCCUUGCAGCUCAGGUAUUGAAAAAUUAUCCUCCUCCCACAAUGGCCCCACCUAGUUAUAAUGCAUACAGACAGUGUAUGGCUUAUUCAGCUCCAGCUUGGCCCAUGUAUGCCCCUCCUCAGCAGUCUAAUCCCACACUUCCGGAUGUACAUCGGCUUGCAUCAGUGACAAUGCCACUGCAGCCUACCCGGUCCAACCUCAGAGUUAUUGAGACAGUUUCUACAGUCAAGGAGAAUCCUGAAAUCAAGAGAAAUAAGUCUGUGCUUGUGGAGGUCCCUAUUACUCCUACUGACUCCAAAUUGGUCUCUCAGUCUUCCAGCAGUGGUACCACUGAAAGAAUAUCAGAUGGAAAAAAUCUGGCUUCUGAGAAGUCGCAAGAAUUCAAGUUGGGUGAGAGUAUGCCAACAGAUGAAGAGUGCAAUAAAGGACAUGGAGUAGCAGUCCAGUCUGGAAAUAACUCUAGUAAAACAAGUAAUGGAGUCCUCCUACAGAGUAAUCUACAUUGUGAACUGUCUCAGAAACCUUCCACUGUGAAGCUUUCCAGGAGAAAACAGAAAAGACUGAACAUGAUGACAAAGGCUCAGCACGAGAGAGAAAAUGCAAUCAUUAAAACAGAGAGACUGAAAGCUGAACAAAAAGCACAACAGAAGAAACUGCAGUACCUGAAGACUGAGUUGGAAAGAGUUACAAGACAGCAAGGGCUGAUGCUGAAGAAUAAACGUAGGGUGAGCUGUAAAGACCCUCUACUAAGACAAGUGAAUCGAGCCCAACGCAACAUUAGGAUUGAGAUUGCUCGGCUGCAGGAGUGUUUGAAUAAGAAUCCAUUCUGCAAAGAGAAGAGGAACUUGGACCAUCAAGCAGAACUGACUCUAAAUCAAGAAACAGAAUGUGGCCAGGAACAGAAACAGUGUGAAGAGCAGAAAGAAGCUAAAGAUGAAGGGAGUACAAAAAUGGCAAGGAAAGAAGAAUUGGAGAUUACCAAAGAACUGGGGGAAGAGGUUGAUGAAAAUGAUAGUAAAGGGAAAGAAGGUUCUUAUGGCCAAAAAUUAACAAUUAGACUUACGCUGAAGAAAGAUAACAUACAGGUUGAGAAGGAGGAAGGCGAAGCAGAGGAAUCCCAAAAGGAGCCAAGCCAGUCAUCAUCUGAAAAGUGCAACUUGAGGAAAACUGAGACAGAUAAUCAAAGUCGAGAGCAAGAUGUGUCUGCUCCGAAGGCUGAAAGUGUUGAAGAGGGCAAAUGUAGAGAAAGCAAGUCCCAGUCUGGAAGUCCAGAUUCAAAGCAGAAAAUCAUGGUGAUAAAGACGCAUAACCUUGGGAUGAGGACAAAGGAACGGAAGACUGCAAGAGUAGCAAACAUGCAACAACAGUUUAAGAGUUUUGACAGUCUGCAUUGUCCUCAGUUUACAUUGCCACCAACGCCACCACUGUCUCUAUUUCCACUCCCUAGUUCAGGGCUUUCCUACAAUAUGCACAUUCCUCCAUUUUCAGACAGUUUAUUGUUCACCCUCCAUAGGGCUACAGAGGAGAGGAAACAGAACUUCUAGGAAAGAUAAGAAACAAAAGAAGAGUGAAAUUUAAAUGAGCUGACAGACUUAGAAGUCCCCCUUAUCCUUAAAAGAUAUUUUAAUUUGAGUAGUCUGAUAAAUCCUUGUGUGUUUGUACAUCUUCAUUUCAAGGUAUCGGUAUACAAUAUAUCCUUAUUGCAAACUGCUAGUUCUUUUGCACUUAAAAAUGUGUCUGAAAGAUUAACCACUAGACUCCUUUUUUUUUCCUUCUGCGAUUGUUCAGAUUUUGAGUAUCUCUUCAGGUCUCUGAGUAAAAUACCUCAAGUGUAUGUUCCCAAACUCUUGCUAAAAAAGAGGACACACCAUAAAAAUAACUUCACUUCCCUAUUCUUGCUAACAGAAGUAAUCUGCUCUGUGCAGUCUGAAGAAUGUCGCGAACAAAAGAAAUAUUCAUAUUUUUGUUCUUUUUUUCUUGUAUAAUUUUUUCUCUAUAAUGCCCUUUGACACUUUUUGAGGUUUGGUUCACUUCCCUACAUUGUUGUUACAGUUCCUUACCCUACCAUAUUCACCUGUUUCUCUUUCUUAACCUCAAUCUCUACUACCCAAACUAUUACAGUGCUUGGUUCUUGUACCAUUAACUUCCAAAUCCUGUAUCAGCUGUUAAUAUCAUACAGGAUAGCGCGCCAUUGAUAAGAUAAAUUCAUUAUUAUCUUUAAACAUGUGGAGGUCUUUGAAUAUUUUCCUUUUAUAUAGUACUAUUCCAAAAAUGUAGAUCUAUGUAACCCUUUGUUGUAAUUUUACAAGAGUUUGUUAUGUGAGCAUAAAAUAUAGAAUGUUGUUCUAACAGGUUAUCCAAAUGAUCCUUGGAAAAAGAAAAAGUUCUGUCAGUACACAGAGGGAAAUAAACCUGGAAGUCACCAGCAAAAAAGAAAAA